UGCUGGGGGAGGGCGGUGCAGGGGGCCGAGCUGACAAGAUGUUCUGGCUGCCUCUUCCGGCUGCAGGGCUAGUCGCGGUCCGACAUUUCGGCUUGAAGCGCUUCUGGGGACGGGGUCUCGCCACCGCAGACAUGACGAAGGGCCUUGUUUUAGGAAUUUAUACCAAAGAAAACGAAGAUGAUGUGCCACAGUUUACAAGUGCUGGAGAGAAUUUUGAUAAAUUGGUGUCCGGAAAGCUGAGAGAAAUUUUGAACAUAUCUGGACCACCUCUGAAGGCAGGCAAAAUCCGAACCUUUUAUGGUCUGCAUGAGGACUUCCCCAGUGUGGUGGUGGUCGGCCUCGGCAGAAAGGCAGCCGACAUUGAUGACCAGGAAAACUGGCACGAAGGCAAAGAAAACAUCAGAGCUGCCGUUGCAGCGGGGUGCAGGCAGGCUCAGGACCUGGAGCUCUCUUCUGUGGAGGUGGAUCCCUGUGGAGAUGCCCAGGCGGCUGCGGAAGGAGCAGUGCUUGGUCUCUAUGAGUAUGAUGACCUCAAGCAGAAAAAGAAGCCGGUCGUGUCAGCGCAACUCCAUGGAAGCGGGGAUCAGGAGGCCUGGCAGAAAGGAUUCCUCUUUGCUUCCGGGCAGAACUUGGCACGCCACUUGAUGGAGACUCCAGCCAACGAGAUGACGCCAACCAAAUUUGCCAAAAUUAUUGAGAAGAAUCUCACAAGUGCUAGUAGUAAAACAGAGGUCCACAUCAGACCCAAGUCUUGGAUUGAGGAACAGGAAAUGGGCUCCUUCCUAAGUGUGGCCAAAGGAUCUGACGAGCCUCCAGUCUUCUUGGAAAUUCACUACAGAGGCAGCCGCAAUGCAAGUGAACCGCCCCUGGUGUUUGUUGGGAAGGGAAUUACCUUUGACAGUGGUGGCAUCUCCAUCAAGGCUUCUGCAAACAUGGACCUCAUGAGGGGUGACAUGGGAGGAGCUGCCACUAUAUGUUCAGCCAUCGUGUCUGCUGCCAAGCUCGAUCUGCCCAUCAACAUCAUAGGUUUGGCCCCUCUUUGUGAAAAUAUGCCCAGCGGUAAGGCCAACAAGCCUGGAGAUGUUGUUAGAGCCAGGAACGGGAAGACCAUACAGGUUGACAACACCGACGCCGAGGGGAGGCUCAUACUGGCUGAUGCACUGUGUUACGCGCACACCUUUAACCCAAAGGUCAUCAUCGAUGCCGCCACCCUAACAGGUGCCAUGGACAUAGCUUUGGGGUCCAGUGCCACUGGAGUCUUCACCAAUUCAUCCUGGCUGUGGAACAAACUAUUUGAGGCCAGCAUUGAAACAGGAGACCGUGUCUGGAGGAUGCCUCUCUUUGAACAUUAUACAAGACAAGUUGUAGAUUGCCAACUUGCUGAUGUUAAUAACAUUGGAAAAUACAGAUCUGGAGGAGCAUGUACAGCUGCAGCGUUCCUGAAAGAAUUUGUGACUCAUCACACGUGGGCGCAUUUAGACAUAGCGGGAGUGAUGACCAACAAAGAUGAGAUUCCGUAUCUGCGGAAGGGCAUGACCGGGAGGCCCACGAGGACCCUGAUAGAGUUCUUGCUUCGGUUCAGUCAAGAAGAUGCUUAGUUCAGAUACUCUAAAAUGCCUUCCUUCUGUCUACAGUGAGCAUUUGAGCUUCAAAAUAUUUUUGAAUGAAUAGGUGAAAAUCUUUUAAAGGAAACAAAGGAUGCUACUGAACAAUGUAGAACAAAGUGAAAUUUGUGUGCUUUGAUUUGCUUUUUCAUUUUAUGCAGAUGUUUAUUAAGGUAAAGCUAAUAUCUUGCUUGGCAAAAAUUUUAAAGAUAUUCUAUGAAUGAUGAUUAAUUUUUUGAAAAACUACCUAGUCACUUUUCAGAGUGUAUGUUUUUAAUUGAGCAAAAUUGUAUUUCGUAUUUGUGAUGCCAGGAACAAACUAAAAGUUACUAUGCAGUUGUCAGAAACAAUAAAUCCAGCUUUUUGUGCUCUCCGA